CCGCUCCUCCUCCAGCACCAUGGCCAGCCCCAGAACCAGGAAGGUCUUGAAGGAAGUCAGGGUGCAGGAUGAGAACAACGUCUGUUUUGAGUGUGGAGCAUUCAACCCUCAGUGGGUCAGCGUGACCUAUGGCAUCUGGAUCUGCCUGGAGUGCUCGGGAAGACACCGUGGGCUGGGGGUGCACCUCAGCUUCGUGCGCUCUGUGACCAUGGACAAGUGGAAGGACCUGGAGCUGGAGAAGAUGAAAGCGGGUGGGAACGCCAAGUUCCGCGAGUUCCUGGAAUCGCAGGAGGAUUACGACCCCUGCUGGUCACUACAGGAGAAGUACAACAGCAGAGCCGCUGCCCUCUUCAGGGAUAAGGUAGCCACACUGGCUGAAGGCAGAGAGUGGUCUCUGGAGUCAUCGCCUGCCCAGAACUGGACCCCACCUCAGCCCAGGACGCUGCUGUCCACUGCUCCCCGAGGCCCUGGUCAGCCACAGAAUGUGACCGCCUCCCCAGACAAGGCUUUCGAAGACUGGCUGAAUGAUGACCUUGGCUCCUAUCAAGGGGCCCAGGGAAACCGUUACGUGGGGUUUGGGAACACGCCGCCACCCCAGAAGAGAGACGAUGACUUUCUCAACAGUGCUAUGUCCUCCCUGUACUCGGGCUGGAGCAGUUUUGCCACUGGAGCCAGCAAGUUUGCCUCGGCAGCUAAGGAGGGUGCUACAAAAUUUGGAUCUCAAGCAAGUCAGAAGUUCUGGGGCUACAAGCAGCAGCCAGAGCCGGCUUCUGAGCUGGGCCACAGCCUGAACGAGAACGUCCUCAAGCCUGCUCAGGAGAAGGUGAAGGAGGGGAGGAUUCUGGAUGAUGUGUCCAGUGGGGUCUCUCAGUUGGCAUCCAAGGUCCAGGGAGUUGGCAGCAAGGGAUGGCGGGAUGUCACCACCUUCUUUUCUGGGAAAGCGGAAGACCCCUCUGAUAGAAUCCCAGAGGGCCACAGUUACCAGAACAGCAGCGUAGACCACGUGCCAAGCAGCGCCAUCGACCAGAGCUUCUGGGAGACCUUUGGGAGCACUGAGCCCCCGCGGGCCCGCAAGUCCCCCAGCAGUGACAGCUGGACCUGUGCCGACACCUCGACGGAGCGGAGGAGCUCGGACAGCUGGGAGGUGUGGGGCUCGGGCUCAGCCUCCACCAACAAGAACAGCAACAGUGAUGGCGGGGAGGGCUGGGAAGCCAACAAGAAGACAGCACCACCUGCGCCCACUGAUGACGGCUGGGACAACCAGAACUGGUAGGGCCGGCCCGGCCCCCUCAGGACUGCGUGUUUGCACUCUGCCCCCAUCGUCCCUCUUCCAUUUGACCCAAGACACAGUGACUGCAGCAAGGACAAUGCCACAGGAGGCAGGACUCUGGUGAGACUCGGACCAGGGUUGCUGCCCAGUAUGGGGGUCUCAGCGUGUGCGGACAGCUCACCCUCUGUGGCUUCUUGGGAGUUCGCAUCCCACCCCCUCACCCCCAUCCCGGGUGUCUCUGAAAGAAUUUCCAGCCUUGGGCUGGGGCACAGCCUUGGGACCGUAGCCUCCUGGGGGUAGGAUCAGCUGUGGGCUAUGCGCCAGCUGCGAGUCUCCCCUUCUCACGGGAGUACUCUUGAAUGUGGAGUUCACUCCGGCCCUCGUCUCCUGGAGGAUAGGCCUGGAAUCAGGUGGAAACGCAGAAACAACCCAUAGCUCACACUGCCGCCGCCCACCAACCCACAUUGGCUCCUAGGCCUGAGUCAUGAACUCGCCUGACUAACCUGUGUACCCCAGUGGCUUCCCAUGUGUGCCCUACCCAGCCUGGCCUUACCAGCGGACCCCUGCUGAUGGCUGCACGCACUCUGUGGGCCCAGGCUCAACCUGACAGCAAGUCUUCCUCAGCACGUGGCCAUCCUGGAGGAAGUGAGGGACAUGCCUGGGAGUCUGGUGGUGGGGAGGGCCAGGAGGAGACCUGUGUAGGGCCCUGCACCAGAUUCUGAAGCCACGAGCACCCUUCUCCCUGGGACAGCGAGGCAGGCCUGUCCGCACCGUGCUUGGGCCUGCCCCGCCACCUGUUUGGCAUGUAGCUGUCCUCCACCAAGUAUCCUCUUGCUCUGUUACUAACCAACCUAGAGCCCACCAGGCUUGAGCCUGUUGGAUGGCACACCCCUGAAGGCGUGCCCACCUUGCCCUCCGUAGGACACAAUGACAGUGCUGUGACUUCCUGCAUCCUUUCUGUGUGACCCUGGGUUUGACCUGCAGCGCAUGUACCAGACCCCGCCUGUGUGCUUCAUGUGGUGUGCCUGCCCCUUCCCCAGCCACCAUCUGCAGGGUCCUGGUUUGUCCUGGACUCCUCAGCUCUUGUGCCCAUCCUGCCUCAGGGAUUCACAGCCGCCUGCAUAAUGGGACAGGCCUUAGAUUUAGGAGAUCCCUCCUGGGGCCUCAUCCUCCUCUUAGGUGGCCAGGUGUGGGUGCCCAUGCCCCUGGCUGCAAUCGGAGGGCCUUGGUCUGCUGUCAUUGUGUUGGAGGUCAGAGGUCAAGAUACUGAGAAACCACAGGGCAGAUGAGAGCCUGCAGUGGCUGCACAGGACACAUGCUCUGGAGGACUGAGGACUGAGCUAGAGAAGGGUCUUCAUCAGGCCUGAUGGGUCUCUCUUGAGCUGGGACUUGAGGCUCAAAGUUAGAGGGGUUCCUGGACCCCAUUGGGACAGGUAACCUGAGGAGGGUGGAGUCUGUCCUAGGUGUGUGGGGGUGUCCCACAUUCCUGUUCCACGCCAGCACUCUAACAUCAGGAAACAGGUCUUAUUCCCGCUCAGGAAGCUGCCUGUCCUGGGGCCUUGUUCUGUUGGGAUGGGGGUGGCUCCUCUGCUCCAGGGAGGCCCUUUUGAUGCAAAAUGAACAGAAGACAAUGUGGGGAGGUGUUCCACCCACCUGCAUGUGGUGACCAAGACCCCUCAGCAGGAGCUGGCACCUUCUGUUCUGCAGGUGCUGAUGGGGACAGGGUGGGACCCUCCUGGCGUGCGGGGGCCUGGACAUGGGUGUUGACCCAGCAACAUUCCAAUAAAGCACGUGGAACAUGCA